AUGAUGUAAGCCAUGUGGGUCCAGGCCCAGAAGCCACACGGAAGCAAAAUAGACUUAGCUAAAAUAACCAUCAUUGUGUGUCGUUGUAGAUGUUGCUGAAGAGCCCCAGGUUGUUGAACUUCCUGAUGUCUCCAACUCCUACCAUGGUCUUAGUGCAAGGCCAGCAGAGGACAGUCCCUGGCUUAACAGUGCCAUUGCAGGUUGGACGUUUACCUCACAGCCACGGCGAUAUAGAUUCAUGCAUGUGGCCCACCAGCGCCAACACACAACUUCCAUGCACAUUGAUUUUGUUAUGUGCUAGAAAUUACCGUCUCUUGCAGCCUAGAGGCACUAUACUUUCAACUGGGAUUAUGUGGGAGCAGAUUGGAGACUUAACACAACUAUCUUAUGGUCUUGCAUCGGACACUUGCAAUGCCUUGAAGAAGGCACUAGGUGUUUCGCGGAAUGUUGGUCAUUUCCUGCCUACCUCAAGUGCAGCCUAUCUCAUCACAUCACUGGAAGUCGCCUCCUCAGGGGAUUUGGACUUGCACAUGAUGCUGGCAGAUUCACAACAUUACUACGCACGUCGUGAAUUUUUGCAUGGCACAGUUUUUUUGCCAGCAUGGCUGGCACAAAUUCUCAUAUCCAUGGACGGCUUCAUCUUCCCUGAUCCAUUGUGUGGUGAUGCUGGCUUUGGCUUUUCAGAUCUCAAUACCAGCAAGGAUCUUGGAACGACAGGCCCAGUCCCUCCUGCACAUGACAUUCAACACUCCUCUCAGCCUCCGUUUCAAUAUUCUGAAACUUUUCGACAAUUUGACCCUGGUCUCCCUGAUCUCAGUUUCACUCUGUCAUUGAACUGGGAUGAUCCCUCACUGUACUUCGGACUCCCAUCUCUCAGUGCUCUCCUCAAUGAAUCUCACGGCGUGGGCGUGUCAACUCCUCCUGUAUCAACAAUUCCUCCUGUAUCGAGUGUUGACACGGCCCCACUUGAGCGCAACACACUUGGUAGUCUGACUCACAACGCUGACAUGCAUUCAACAAUCGAAGACACACAAGUAGAUGGCCAGCCCAUUGAAGGCUCGCGUACGGCUGCCCCACAUGUAGAUUCGGCUGAAGCCAACAACUCUUCCUGGGCAGCAUGGAAUCCCAACAGGCCUGUUCUCGCAUCGCAGGAACCCCUUACCACAGCGCAAAAAGCUCGUGCCAAGGCCCAACGAGCAUCAUGCAAGAUUACCUCCCAGCAACGUAAGGAAGCCGAAGAUGCGUUGAACAACGCAAUUCAACAACUGCUUGCCGAAGAAGCGCAGAAGGUGCACGACAUCGCACUUGAGCAUGAUGUGACUGUCGAGAAGGUCAAGAAGUUGAUGGGAGGGAUCAAAAAUUACAAGAGCAGCCGCAGCGCACAGCUUGAAAAUGCCCUCAUGCAUGCGAAGGCAGAGCAAGUUAACAAAGAUCUCCUGUGUGGUGCGAAAUUUGGAGCUAAGGAUCUCCGAAUGUUGGUGAAGGAGGAUACCGCCAUGCAGAACUUGACGGAAGGGGAGAAGCAACAAUAUAUCAACAACUUAAACGAACACCGCACUAUGCAGAACAUGAGUGUUCGUGCGAUGAACGCCUCUGCUGCGUGUGAUGUCCAGUCAACCCUUGAUAACAUUUUUAAGAUGCUUGAUAGUCUAGCAGUCCGGACCAGAAUCUAUGCCUGUGUGUUUGCCUCACGUGGACAUGUAUAUGAUACAGCUCAGGCAAUGUGGUUUGGGACAGACAACGUGAUGGAUUUCUGGGAGGAUGUCCUGCAAAUGGAGGCUGACGAGAUUGCAAGAAAACUGGAACAGUGGGCGUGCAUGGCAGGUCAAAGCCUCGACAAACGUGAAACGGUGCAAAACAUGCAGCAUGUAUGCACACGGCUCCUCAAUUCAGGCCUAAAGACUGUAGCUAAGAGACGUGACAUCCGCAUUAACUAUGCAAGCUUCAAUACUGCCAUCAAAGAGAAGCUUGGUAUAGACCUACGGGGCUGGCCUGAAGGCAUUCCAUUCCAAUCCCCCACCAGCUUGAAUGAUCUCAACUCCCUCCUCAAGGAGUAUAAUGCUCUGCUUGAUGCACGCCACAAGAAAGGAGAGGUGGUUACCAAGCCACGCAAGAAGCGCUCUGAUGCAGGGGUACCUCGCAAAUGA